UACGUCAAUGGGGCAAUGUCCCGGGGAGCGGGAUCCCGCGUCAGAGCGAGCAGAGCCCGGCCAGCGGCUCCCGGAGAGAGAGCACACCGGCUCCGGGGCUGGUGCAGCGGGCCGACCGCUGUCAGUGACGGUGAUGCCGGAUUGGCGCGGUGUGCCCCGGCCCCAGGCCCAGCCCAGGCCCCUCCGGGUGGGGUUCUAUGAGAUCGAGAGGACCCUGGGCAAAGGGAACUUCGCGGUGGUGAAGCUGGCGAGGCACCGAGUGACCAGGAGCCGGGUCGCAAUUAAAAUCAUCGACAAGACUCGGCUGGACCCCGGGAACCUGCAGAAGAUUUACCGUGAAGUACAAAUCAUGAAGCUGCUCAACCACCCGCACAUCAUUAAACUAUACCAGGUUAUGGAAACCAAGGACAUGCUGUAUAUUGUGACAGAGUUUGCACAGAAUGGUGAAAUGUUUGAUUACCUGUCUGCAAACGGCCCCUUAAGUGAGAGUGAAGCCUGUGCCAAAUUCUGGCAGAUCCUGAUGGCUGUGGAAUAUUGUCACAAUCAUCAUAUUGUUCACAGAGACCUAAAGAGUGAGAAUCUGCUGCUUGACGACAACAUGAACAUUAAGAUUGCAGAUUUUGGUUUUGGAAAUUUUUAUAAGCACGGUGAGUUGUUGUCGACUUGGUGUGGCAGCCCACCCUAUGCAGCACCAGAAGUCUUUGAAGGGAAAGAGUAUGAAGGUCCUCACGUUGAUAUCUGGAGUUUGGGAGUGGUCCUGUAUGUUCUAGUUUGUGGAUCCCUGCCAUUUGAUGGGCCGACGUUACCAGUCCUGAGGCAGAGGGUGAUAGAAGGCCGUUUCCGAAUCCCAUUCUUCUUAUCUGAAGACUGUGAGAAUUUAAUUCGCCGCAUGCUGAUAGUGGAUCCUGUGAAGCGGAUUACAGUCUCUCAGAUUAAACAGCACUGCUGGAUGUUGACACAGAAACCACCAACCUAUACCCUCAAAGACUACAACUCAAACCUUGGCAAUUACAAUCAGCAGGUUCUUAGCCUCAUGCACAACCUUGGUAUUGACAAACAGAAGACUAUUGAGUCAUUACAGAACAGCAGUUACAACCACUUUUCUGCAAUCUACUACCUUCUUCUUGAAAGAGUUAAAGAACACCGAAGUUUAUUGCUUGGUUACUCUCAGGCUUCAGUACAACAUCAAGUGACCAGAGCAGCAUCUGAACACUUUCAAAUGGAGCAGCCAGUGCUUCACCCAGUGGAUGCAUCAGUCAACGUCCUGAUCAGGAAUCGAUCAAUGUCUCGCAGCAUCUUGCUGGACACUACUAUCAGUGAAGAGGCGAGACAGGAACAGGAUCUAGAGGAACAUAUAAUGGAGAAAAUCCAGACCCCACUGCACACUCUAAGCAGUGCAACCCGGCGACACACAGUGGCUGGUGUGCCUGCUCACUUGAACAACGAGACUGCUCCCUGUACAGCAAUCUCCUCACAAGCCAAUAUACCAGAGGAUGCAUAUUCCAAUAGCUGUCUAAUGACCACAUCUGAUGAUGGAUUCCAUUCCCCAAAUAUCACGAGGCUCACAGAUGAGGCAAUAGCUCCACCAUUUGUAUAUACCACUUCUGCAACUCCGAUACUGCAAACACAGGAGCAUGGAGUUGGAAUCUGUGAUACUCAGCUGCCACUCACCUUCCAGGAAGGACGAAGAGCCUCUGAUACCUCACUAACUGCAGGUCUGAAACCUUUCCGGCAACAGCUGCGUAAAAGCACCAGGACAAGAGGAUUCUUUGGGCUUAACAAAAUUACUGGGAUUACUCGACAUAUCUGGAGGUCUCCAUUCUGCUUUGGGUCACGGAAUCGAGCAGCUCAGCAGCACCCUCCUGGCAACUUCCAGCAGGUUGAGAACAUUUUGCCUGGUCUUGUCCCCGAGAUCACAACAGAAGGCAGCAAUCUACUAGGCCAAGCUUUGCAGCAACAAAAAAUGCUGCAGCUGAGAUGUUUGAACAGUUCCCAGCCUAAACGCUUUGUGGAACCCAACUCUGUGAAGACGCCUGUGUUCCAGAGUGUAAUGGAAAUACCACAUGAUUUAAAACCUGCACCUCACUUAAUGCCCUCUUCCUUACUGCCAGACCUCACACAGACAGACUGUGAGACAGUUUGCACGGCCCAGUCACAGCUCUGCUGUUUACUGGGUGUCAACUUGAUGCAGAUGCCCCUCAGCACCAGCCCCACCUUCUCCAAGUUUCUCCAUCAAACUCUGUUCUCACCACAAAAUCAAAGUGACGGACUGGGAAUAGACUGGGAAAUGGAGGAUCUGACAAGAACACAACUCGACCAAGUUGUGUUGGUGAAUUAACUUUCUUGACUGUAUGAACUCUGAAACUUCUGAAGCAAUAAAACCUUCAAUCUGUGACAUUUUGAUAAUUAACCACAAGUGACGAAACCCAAGCAUUGGCAACAAUUCUCCCAUUAUUUUUAUUACUUCAAAAACAUUUGUGUCUGGAAAACCUGAAUAACCAAAGGAUGGUUUCGCUCCACCCCUUCAUCAAUAUUAUAACAUAAUUGGAGGUUUCUUGUGGCACAGUGGUAAUGUCCCUAACUCUGGGCCAGGAUUCAAGUCCCACCUACUCCAGAGGGGUGUGUCUUAAUAUCUCUGAAUAGGUUGAUUUUCAAAAACAUUAUAAGCUGCAACUGAAGCAUAAGUCACUUUAAUUAUUAAUUCACACCAAAAGUAAAGAGUAUCUCUGCAUUGUCAAUUGGUGAAGUGAUUCAAUGACCUGAAUUACCUCAAAAAUUCGUCAAAGCUAUUUCUGUUGAGUGGAGCCACUUACUCCAAUCAGCUAGGAUUGACUAGUGUGCUGGCGUGACCCUGAAUAUCACAAUCCACCCAGGAAUCCACUCUUCAGGAAAGGAAGCUGCUACAUAUCUGGAUAUAUUGAUCACCAUCCGUUACAAGAUUCCUGGGACUUUAAUAUUCAAUUUGCAACAGGGGAAUCCUACUGGCGGCAAUAGGGAAAGAAAACACUUGUAUUCCUGAAUUGUUUGCUGGCUGUAUACUGGGGUUUGAAUUUCCAAUGAUUGCCCUGGAAUUAUCAGGAAAUAUUUUGGUGUAAAGAAUCCAGAAGAUAUUGAGAUUCUGCUGCUCAUAUGAUUUUUAAAAUAUGUUAUCUGGGUCCAAAUAGGAAUGAAUCCACUUUAGGGACUGUGCAAUAAUCUGUUCCAGUUUAUACCUGCUGUGAGGGAGAAAUGAACAACUUUGAAGGACCUUACUUCAGUAUAAGUACUAAAAUAUGAUUAAAACUUGUAUGUUUUUUUUAACAGCAUUCCUGAAUUAUUCACUGUAAUUACCAGGAUUAUACUGUGUAUUUAAAAAGUCCUACUUUCUUCCAAGUUCAGAUGUAAUUUGAAUCUUUUUCAGUAUUUGGCUACCCUGUAUUUUAGUAACUGGUCUUUGUUGCAUUUUCUAACAGGUGUAUAUUCCUGUGGGUUAGGUCACCAUUGUGAUGAUGAUCAUACAAUUUAUAUCAGUGACCCUUCAGCAAGCUCAUUUACAUAUCAAUCUAAUUUCUCAACAUAAUGUUACAAAAAAAAUGGACAGCCUUUUACUAAAGAAAUGGAGGAGGCAAACAUGCAGAUGCUGCAAACUUGCCUUCAGAAGUUCAAAACAAAGGACCAAGCUGCUGUGCAUGCCUGAUCUUGUAACUAUCACUCUCUAAGGUCAGAGGUUUUGUUAUUAUUGGUCUGAAAGUAUCAAAUUUAUUUCUUUUGGCCUACUUAUGACUAUACUGAGUGCUGCCUCCAUCAUUAACCAAAGCCAAACUCCUUCAGAGAGUCCUGCAGCUUCUUAGAAAUAAUGCACAAUACAGUACUCAUUUGGUCUAUCAGGUUCAUCAGGGAACACUCCAUUUUCCUCUUGGAGACAGUUAUAUAUUUUUACAUUAAAGUUUUCUCUGCAUUUUAGACUAACCUACCUACAAUGUGGGUCGGACAAAUACGUACCUAUCUUCAUUCAAGACCACAGGGAGAUUGUGCUGUAAAAUAGUAGGGGGUGUAUUGUCACUGGGCUAGUAACCCAGACACACACACACACACCAUACAAGAAAAUCAAAGUAUGUAUUCACUACAGUAUGAUUGGAUGGCGUAGGUUUGAAUUUUAGGAAAUAGCAGAAUCUGAAAUGCUUGAUCCACUUCACUCAUUGCAUUAUUGUUGGUUUUGUUAAAUUGAUUAAUAUUUAGAUGUUUCAAUUUAUUUAUUGAUUUUUUUUUAAACAAAUAAAACUGAUUUCCAAGUU